UUUGAAAACGCAAUUCUAUCACCAUAUAAGGUACAGUGCCAGGUAGAUAAGACCAAAGCUUCGUCAUUACAUUCGUGCAUUCUCGAUCAAAAUGGCGGUAUCUCCAAUCAUCUUAAGUUGUGUAUUGGCAACAAUUCUUCCGGGUGCUGUUUGGAGUAGUUGCUACCAUUAUUCUUCUUCGUACUACUGUUACUACUACUACAGCUAUUACUAUGAAAUUCCCGUUGGAACAAUCAUUGGUGCAGUUGUUGGAGGCAUAGCUGGACUAAUUUUCUUGUGCGUCAUUAUUGUUGUCGUCUGCAUUGUCUGUUGCAAGAAGAAAUCAACAGGAACCGUAAUCCAACCAGCCGGUGUUUCAACAAUGUCAUCAACAAUGGCAUAUAAUACACAUCCACAACAUCCACAAGGCUGGGGAGUGCAGCCAAGUGCGCCACCAAAUCCAGGAAAAAGCUAUAGUCAUCAACAACCGUAUCCACCCCCGCCACCUGCAUCACAGACAAUGCCCCCGCCGACGUAUGCAGAAAACGUUGUCUCUGGACAGCCCCCACGAUUUGCCAGUUAAACCAACAUUUUUUAUGGCAUAAUUUGUCUGUUUUUGAUUUAUUUUAUUGACAAUUCUUCGUGAGGUAAUUGAUUGACGUUUAAAGUUUACACGUGACUAUAAUUGCUAUGAUUGUGAUUUUUCUUAAAAAUGCAGAGUAGUAUUCGCAAAAUAAACGCUAAUAACAGAAUCUUCCAUAAAAGUGAUUAGUUUUAAUUAUGCUCUAGGUCAUUUAAACGUUUAUUAUUUAAUGUCACUUAGGUAACCUAUUGCUACUUGUGGUUGUACGUCUUCCUGCGUUAACAAUUUUAAAUUUUUAGGCCUUAAAAACUACAGGACAAUUGUUAUCAUUUUUGGAUUGAAGCAUCUCUAGAAUGAGAGAAAUAUAAAUUGUUCAAUUUAUAACCAGAACGUUUGCCAUUGGGACCUCAUGAGCGGGGCCUUGUAUGCAAAAAGGCAAUAUCUUUUAAAAUUCCCUCUACUCCCAAAAUGCGGAAGAAAAACUAAUUGUAGGUUAAAUAACAUCCAUGAAACCCUCUACUAAAUAUCUACAUUAAUUGUUUAGUGGACAGGACGUUAGCACCCUUGGAUAGGUUUAAUGUGGCCACACUAAUAAAAAUGUGUUGAUUUACAAGAUUUUUUUUUCGUACUUUCAUAGUUGUUGGAGAUAAACUAAUUGCCCUUUUAUUAUGUUUAUAAUGAUAUGAUCUUAAAUUGUGUAAAUCUCUACCUAUGUGACGGGGGUUGAGUUUUUUUGUAAAAAGGGGGGAGGGUGUGACCUAUGGUAAACGUAUUUUUUCCUUGGAGUAUUUGUUGUUUCUUGUCCGAAACAAAUUUAACAUCUUGAAAACCACAAGGUCAAUUCUUACUCGGAAAUACUGAAUUAGAUAUUUUGUUUUUUUUCUUCGGAAAUCUACUUUUAUUUAUUGUGCAUUGUAAACUUUUAGAAAUUAGCUGCAUGCAUGUUCUGUGCAUUAUAAAUGAAACUGUUAAUAUUAUAAAAAAAAUUGAUCACUUAAGGUCAGCAGAUCUCUCUUCACCAAACGUUUACAAUUGUUGACCCUGUGAGCUGAAGUAAUACAUAGAUAAUCCGAGAUUCCUCCGAUUUUUGACCAUCACCCCCUCCUUAAAUUUGAAUGAAUAAAUGUUUUUAACAUCAAAUAAUAACAGCAAGGAUGACAGUAAAGAGGAUUUUCCGAUGAAAGAUUUAACUUUUAAAGCUUAAAAUGUAAACAAUGGAUUGUUUGCCACGAGAUUGAAAAGCUAUGGUACUUCGGUGACAAUCAAUGCCUGUGGGCCACUUGUUUUACAUGUAAACACGCAUGGUAUACAUUGCAUUGGAAUACUGAUAAUUGAAUAAAAAUCGUCAUUUCGU